GAGUCACGACUGCUCACGAGGCUGAGAGAAAGAUAAACAGCACAAUUUCCUCAGUAAUUUUAACAUGUGAUAUGUGACAUUUUUCAAAAAAGUGGGAGCAGAGGAUAGGUUUUGUACGACAUUCAUUGAAAAUGUCUCGCAGGAGCAUGGAAGCAUCAAGUGAUUCGGAUAGUGAUGAAGAUGGUACUAAUUUUAAGAGGAGGAAAAUAUCAAGUUCCGAAAGCAGGAAUGGUAGUAGAGAUGUUAUAAAGGCCAAGUCAGUGCUUCAAGAGCCAUUGCCCAACUUUACGGCAUCAUGUCAUUUGAAACAGCUUCCAUCACCAAACUGGACCGCUAAGCGUACAUAUUUUGAUCGAGAUAACCCUGAGGACAACCCAUGUCCGGUAGUAGUACCAUCGCGACCUGAACGAGGAAGAAAUGGUACUAAUACUGACUACAAUGCAAAUGGGAAUGGUGUAAUACCUCAUCCGCAUGAGCACUUGUCUGCCAGGGAAAUUUCAAAUUUUAUGGGAUUUGGGAAAGGGAAGGGUCUAGCCAAUUAUUUAGCCGAAGUUGAUACGUUGACUGGUCCCAAAUUUUCGAUCGAAGAAUUUGACGAUAAAGUAAACGUGCUUGGAAUCUGUCUAGCUGAUAUGGAGCUCCAAAGCGUGGACGAUGUGUCGGUAAAGGAAAGCAUCAAAUGGAUUAUUUCUGAUGACAAACCCACGUUGACUUUUGACAUGUUGGUAAAAGGGAGAAAAGUUGGAACACAAGUAACCUCUAUUGAAAUUGACCCUGACAACGCCUUCAUUGAUCCUCACUUGUAUGAUGAAUUAAUAGAAUGCAAGAAACUAUUUCAAAACUUGAGCAAAAAUGAUUAUCAGAUUGUGAGGAGCAAAGGUAAUUUAUUCGAAAAAUUGAACAAAGGACCCUUCUUGUGUCGAGCAGCAAUGAAGAUUGCGAACCUUGAUGUUGUUCUCAAUCACGAACUCACCCAGCCAGUGACUAGAGCUGGACAUCGGGUUUUAAGCAUGCGUGACUUAUUUUACUUUGCUGAUGUAUGUGGUGGUCCUGGAGGAUUUACAGAAUACAUUUUAUGGAAAAAGAAAUGGGAGGCAAAAGGAUUUGGGUUGACUUUGAAAGGAGAAGUAGACUUUGAUAUUACAAAUUUCCUCGUUGAAACCGAGACAUUUCAAACAUUUUAUGGGGAAGCCAAUGACGGCAAUAUUUACAAUCCUGUUAACGUCUCGAGUUUUAUCCAGCAUGUAAUCGCUAACACCGGGAAAAAAGGGGUUCACCUCAUGAUGGCAGACGGAGGCUUCUCGGUGACACAGAGAGAGAAUAUGCAAGAAGUACUGUGUCAUCAAAUCAUUUUAUCACAAAUUUAUGUUGCACUCGCGAUUGUCCGAGUCGGCGGACACGCAGUAUGCAAACUUUUUGACGUAGUCACACCUUUCACUGCGGCUCUUAUAUACUUAAUGUAUUACUGUUUCGAGUCUGUGACCAUUCAUAAACCACUGGCAAGUCGCCCUGCAAAUUCGGAACGGUAUUUGAUUUGUAAAUGGAAAAAAUCGGAGAAGGUAACAUCACACAUCACUAGCUAUCUUGGGGACUGUCACCAGAAAAUGUGGAUGUACAUGAAUGGUGGCAAUAAGGAGGCUAUUUUGGAACUUGUUCCUGUCACACUCCUUGCAAGUGUUUUAGAUCCAUUUUAUAUUUAUCUUCGGGAUUGUAACAACAGGAUUGCGCGUAGUCAAAUUGUGACCCUUAAACGAAUGGUUGCUUUUGUGAAAGACAGGACCCUGAACAAUAAUGAAAUGCAGGAGGAAGCGAGGAUAAAGGCAAUAAAACAUUGGGGUAUUCCUAAAGAACUUCCUGCACCAGCAAUGUUUAAGACGCCGGACAACGGUUGCAAAGCGGUUAUGCAGGAACUACCAUUGACCAUGCUAAGACGUCCAGAAAAAGAUCUAGCGCCUGAAAAUAUCGAAUUGUUAUUCAAGUCGGCAUAUGAUUGGCGUUUUGUGCCGACGACGGGAUUUAAGAAAGUAUCGAAUCGAGGAUUUUACUUGUCACUUGGACAAGGUUCACUAUAUAGAUACCAUGAGUCGCAAUGGGUUUCUGUUCCACAAUUCGCCCAGAAGCUUCUGAUGCCGUCCAACACUCUUGUGUAUGGGGAGUUUGGAAAUGAAAUAUAUGGAAACUCUGGCGCAGAGCAGACCGUAAUCCCAGUCUUUCACAUUAUUGAUGCAUUAAUGUUAGGGGGUAUGGAUUUACGGAAUGUGCAUUGUACACAAAGGCAAGAAAUGAGCGUGAAAUUUGCAGAAGCUCACACAAUGCCUGGAACGUUACAAAUUCGGGCAAAAGCUUUAAUUCGCAUGGAACAUUUGGCAAUGUUCAUUCAAAAACUGCAAUAUCGGCUCGUGAAAGGUGCCGGCAAUGGAGCCAGAGUUGUGUGCCCCCUCGACAUGACGAAUCCUGACUCUCCGUUUAUAAUUCCCAGUGGACUAUUGUUCUUAAAAAUUACUAAAGAUCCGUGGCAAAUGGCUUUGAAUUUUCAAAGCCAUAAAAAGUUUUUUUUCAACACAGUAUCUGGAGUUUCAAAUGAUCACAUCCCUGGAGAUGCCAUAUCUGGGUUCUUUCACACAAUGGGGAACCGAGUGUUGUGGACCUGGGAUAGCGAAACAAAUGUCACUGUAACAAAAUUGGAUGCAGAUGAUCCUCGAAUCAAUUAUUUUUCCCAAACUCGUGUACACACAUGUAAUUUGGUGUCUUUCAUCAAUUACAUGAUUCGACAACGCCCAUCAGUAACACCACCAAAAACUACGCUUUACAUUGGAGCUCAGAAAUCGACAAAACAGGACGGAGCUGAGACACCAACUUCCUCAGGCUUGAAGAAUAUGUGAUAAUGACAAUGCCACAUUUAACGUAGUUUUAGAAUUUAAAAAAAUUGGUUUAGAUUAAAUUAUUUAAUUUAUUCAUUAGUCUAUUUUUUUCUAAAAGAUACAACCAGGAGUCAUAACUUUCAAAGCAAUACUAACAUAAUAUGUGAUAUUUUUGUUGAAAAUAGGGCAUGACAAUAUUAGUACAUAUUAUUAGUCAGAUUUAGGUUUAAUUUUUAAACGGGUAAUACGUACUGUACUGGUGCAGAACUUUGUCAUGAGGGUUAUUAGCCAUAAGACUGACGAGCAUGAUUCUCAUUGUUUAAUUUUACAGUAGAAAAUUGUAUUAUAAUAACCUUGACUUUUUUGUAAUACUAGUAUUGUUGAGUAUAAAUUAUAUUUUCUUGUAGCAUGCUCACUGAAAUAUGCAAAACGUAUUUUGCAUAGCCGACGUAUUUACUGUAUUUGUUUAACUAUACAAUUGUAUACGGUGACACACAAGGCCAGUUUACCUCGUGAUGCACUCUGGAUAACAAAAACUCGUCUCAUGAGUUUUUUUUAUAUAUUAUGCUAUGCAAUUAUUGUUGGCUUUGCUAGUCAACUUUCUAAUGGUGAUGGCAUUGCAAUGCAACCCAUUAACUAUCACUACUCGAGGUGCUCUUUCAUUUAUGUUCAUUAUAUUUACUUAUGCAGAUAGAGUGUCCCGAGUUGGGUCGGAGAGUAUAACGAAUGUUUAGUAAUAGUGUUGUUAAAGGGUAAAGUAGUCGAGUUGACCAAUAUCAACGUGUUUUCUUCUAUCAUGAUGGGCAGGAUUGCGUAAUAUGUACAAAAACGUGUGUUUGAGAGAUAAGAGUUUAGGAAAGUUGACCAUUCCUUAGUUGUGCUCUCUUCCAGUAUCAGCUUUGGCCUCCUAAGUCGUCUUUUAUUUUUGUAAUUGAACAAAUAUACAUUGAGCACUUUUCAAUAAAUGGACAAGCAUCCACUUUGUUACAUUA